CUGCCUGCUCACAGUUGUUGAUUAACAAUGCAGAAAGGUAGACAGAAACUCUUAUCAAAGACACAGCGCAGGUGUAGGAACUGUUUUCAGUGGCCUACACCACGAAUGAAGUAAUUUAAGUUUUUAACAACAUUGAGACAUUUGAGCCAAGGUAACUUUUUAACUGACGGCUAUUUCCCCACCUUCAAUCAAGUCAACGGAUCUGUUCGUAAACGCCGUUGAUUCAUCUGGACCGCUAUCACUUGCUUCCUGAGAUUACAGUCAAAUCGACUGUUGGCUUUCUGAAGCUCCAUUUCUUUUUUUGGAAUGGCUACUGGGUAGGCCUACAAGUGCCUAAUAAGCACCUAAUCUUGGGAUUCAAACUCAACUGAAAACUGAUCUGAGGACUUACCUGAGGAAGUCUCGAGGCUUUCUGGAUUCAGGGAACCUAGUUGGUAAAAACCUUUCUAGAAACGCGACGAUGGCCGAUGUACAUUUUCGCUUUGUCUUCGUAGUCCUACUGGUGUCAUGGGUGUCAAGUCGGACGCUGGACGAGUGUCUGGAAUCCAAUCCGGUUGCAAUGAUGAACGUUGUGCUCCUUGAGGAUGAAGGCUCUGACUGGAGUUUAACAUUCGUCGAGGGCGCAGUUAUUGAAGCUAUCGAACAGGACAAGAAGCUGAACGAGGCCGAGGGUCUGAACUUAACCCUGACAGCCAACUACCGGGGCUUCAACACCACCCUGUACAGACGUAGAGGCUGUGGAAGCAGCACCUGUGAGGGAGUGGAGAUACUGAAGUCCCUUCAUAGGAGCGGUAGUGUGGGAUGUGCAAUGCUAGGCCCUUCCUGCACAUAUGCCACGUUUCAGAUGGUGGAUGAGACGAUUGGUCUGACACUGAGCAUCCCUGUCAUCUCAGCUGGGAGCUUCGGUUUGUCAUGUGACAACAAAGCAAACCUAAGCCGGCUCCUCCCACCUGCACGCAAGAUAUCCAACUUUUUUGUGAAGUUCUGGGAAUUUCAGAGCGCUUUAAAGAGCCACUGGCACAUGGCAUACGUCUACAAGAAACUAGAUCCCACUGAAGAUUGCUUCUGGUAUAUCAAUGCUUUAGAAGCCCCUUCAGCACAGUUCGCUGUGAAACUAGACCGAAUCAUGCUGCGCAGCAAAAAGGAUCUACAGGAAGCCCUCUUGAAUGAAGACAGACAUAGUAACAUCUUCAUUAUGUGUGGAACCCCAGAUGACAUCAAAGACAUAAAGAACGACACAAAGAUUAACCCGGACAUUCUCUUCAUGCUCAUUGACAUCUAUGAUCACAGGUACCACACCAACACAACAGCCAGCCCGGGCAUGGAGAACGUCCUGGUGCUCACCUUGCCUGAGAGGAACUACAGCCAUAGCUCUCGGUGGAGAUUCCCCAAUAACACGGUCACAGAAAUAAACGACUAUGUGACAGGUUACCAUGAUGGUGUGUUGCUGUUUGGUCAUGUGGUCAGAGAGAGGAUGCUUGCUAAGAUGGCAAGAAAAGAAGCAGGACUAUUUGGACGCCCCAGUCCCAAACCACAGAGCCCCUUCAGGAAUCUCUCCUUUGAAGGUAUGGGCGGACUGUACGUGCUGGAUGAGAACGGUGACAGAGACGUGAACUUCUCUGUAAUCUACACCACUACCAACAACGAGUACAAAACACUUUUUGUGUUUGACACGUCAACAAAUGAGACCAGAGUGGGAGACCUCUACCCCUCUCUAACCUGGCCAGGGUCACGCUUGCCUGACGACAAGCCUGUCAGGCCAAAUGAUAAUGGUUUGCAGUUUCAGGAUAUCAUAGUGAUCGUGUUAAGUCUCAGUGUGGUCGUGGUGACAGCCAUCGCCCUUCUCUUCUACAGGCAGAACAGGAAGGAACGUCAGAACCAGAAGAAGUGGUCCCACAUCAACCCAGAGCUGCUGGGGCCGCUGGACGGGAAGGAGGUGUCUCUGAAGAUUGAUGAAGAUAACAGGAAGGACAGCAUCUACCAGAUCCAACGGGCUCGCUAUGACAAAAAGCCUGUGAUCCUGAAGGAGCUCAAACACACAGACGGUAGCUUCAGCGAGAACCAGAGGAUUGAGCUCAACACUCUACUGCGUAUCGACUACUACAACCUGACUAAGUUCUACGGGACGGUUAAGUUUGAGUUUGGCGUGUUCGGAGUGUUCGAGCUCUGCGAGAGGGGCUCCCUCAGGCAUGUUCUCAACGAUAAGAUUUCCUAUCCUGAGGAGACCUUUAUGGACAUGGAGUUCAAGAUAUCAGUCAUGUACGACAUAGCCAAGGGAAUGUCUUAUCUUCACACCAGCAACAUUGUGGUCCACGGACGGCUGAAGUCCACCAACUGUGUGGUGGACAAUCGCAUGGUGGUCAAGAUUACUGACUUUGGCUGCAACACCAUCCUCUCUCCAGGCAAAGACCAGUGGACAGCCCCGGAGCACCUCCGCAUACCGGGCAUCUCCCAGAAAGGAGACGUCUACAGCUUCGCCAUCAUCGCCCAUGAGAUCGUCCUGAGAAAAGACCCCUUUUACACAAAAGCCUGCUCCGACCUCGCAGAGAAGCUGUUCAGGGUUCAGUAUCCCAGCGGGCCUCUGCUUUUCAGACCUGACAUCAGCUUUGAGGCAGCGACCGAGAACGAGGCUGAGCUGUACAUGCUAAUAAGGUCCUGUUGGGAAGAGGACCCAGAGAAGAGGCCAGACUUCAAGAAGCUAGAAGUGUGCCUGGGCAAGAUCUUCAGCAACCUGCACCAGCAGGCCAACGAGACGUACAUGGACAACCUGAUCAGACGUCUGCAGAUGUACUCCAAGAACCUGGAGCACCUGGUGGAGGAGAGGACCUCCCUGUACAAGGCUGAGAGGGACAGGGCUGACCGUCUCAACUUCAUGCUGCUGCCUGGGCCGGUGGUGCGCUCCUUGAAGGAGACAGGCUGUGUGGAGCCCGAGCUGUUUGAGGAGGUGACGGUGUACUUUAGUGACAUCGUGGGCUUCACCACGUUGUGCCACUACAGCACCCCCAUGGAGGUGGUGGACAUGCUCAACGACAUCUACAGGAAUUUCGACAGCAUCCUGGACCACCACGACGUCUACAAGGUGGAGACAAUAGGCGAUGCUUACAUGGUGGCGUCGGGGUUGCCGAGGCGGAACGGUAACAGGCAUGCGGUGGACAUCGCCCACAUGGCCCUGGACAUCCUGGCCUUCGUAGGGACCUUCCAGCUGCAGCACCUCCCAGGCCUGCCCCUCUGGAUCCGCAUAGGGGUGCACUCAGGUCCGUGUGCAGCUGGGGUGGUUGGGAACAAGAUGCCUCGCUACUGCCUGUUUGGAGAUACAGUCAACACUGCCUCACGCCUAGAGUCUACAGGCCUGCCUUUAAGAAUCCAUGUCAGCCAGUCCACCAUCAACAUCCUUCAGAGAACAGACUGCCAGUUCCAGUACGAGCAGAGAGGAGAGACCUACCUCAAGGGUAAAGGCAAAGAGAUGACAUACUGGUUGACAGGAGUGACGGGUACAGAGCACAACCUGCCCAUGCCCCCGACGGCGGAGAACUUCCAGAGGCUGCAGCAGGACCUAGCGGAGAAGAUCGUGUCCAGCCUGGAAAAGCGAGGCCCAGGGCCUGACGGCCUUGAGAAGAGGAAGACCCUGUCCACCAAGGUCCGCCGCAGGGACACCGCCAGCAGCCAGGGGGAUGGCCUGCCUGAGUACUUUCACCUAGCCAUCACAGAUGACCCCAGCACCUACCUGUAACCCAGCACUAACCUAGAACCCCAGCACCUACUUGUAACCCAGAACUAACCUAGAACCCCAGCACCUACUUGUAACCCAGAACUAACCUAGAACCCCAGCACCUACUUGUAACCCAUAACUAACCUAGAACCCCAGCACCUACUUAUAACCCAGAACUAACCUAGAACCCCAGCACCUACCUGUAGAACUACCCUAUAAUCCC